GAGUGAAUGAAAUGAAAGAAGUGAACGAUGCGUAAUACUGUCAAACAAGAACUGUCAAAAUCUUUCAAGUUGAAAAAUGGCGAAUCGUGGUGGUUCUGCAAGGCGAGUUCCUGAAAAUGAAGCUGCAAUUACUUACGUUCAGACUGAUGGACUGGCGGUGAUGAAAAUAGUGAAGCACUGCCAUGAAGAGUCAUGCAGCAACAUGGAGGUGGCGCAGGGCGCGCUGCUCGGGCUGGUCGUGGAGAACCGCCUCGAGAUCACCAACUGCUUCCCGUUCCCCAAGCACGAUGACACCAUGGACGAGGAGGAGUACCAGCUCGACAUGAUGCGCAGACUGCGCCGGGUUAAUGUUGAUCACUUCCAUGUUGGAUGGUACCAGAGCGCGGACGUGGGCAACUUCCUGAGCCUGCCGCUGCUGGAGUCGCAGUUCCACUACCAGACCUCCAUCGAGGAGAGCGUCGUCGUCAUCUACGACACCAAGAAGUCCGCCCGGGGCUUCCUCACGCUGAAGGCUUACAGGCUUACUCCUCAGGCGAUAGCCAUGUACAAGGAGGGCGAGUUCACCCCGGAGGCUCUCCGGAACCUCAAGAUUGGCUACGAGAGCCUGUUCAUCGAGGUGCCCAUCGUGAUCCGCAACUCCCCGCUCACCAACAUCAUGAUGUCCGAGCUCGCUGAGAUGAUCCCCGAUGAGGAGGGGUCCAAGUUCUUGGACCUGGGAACCGCUUCUGUGCUGGAAGGCCAGCUCCGCAGCCUGAUGGAGCGCGUGGACGAGCUGAACCAGGAGGCCAUCAAGUUCAACCGCUACCAGCAGCUGGUGGUGCGCCAGCAGCAGGACAAGCACCGCUGGCUGCUCAAGCGCGCUCAGGAGAACGCAGCCCGCGCGGCUAAGGACGAGCCGGCCCUACCCGAGGAAGAUGUCAACAAGCUCUUCAAACCUCACCCGGUGCCGCCGCGCCUCAACCCCAUGAUCGUGGCGGGGCAGAUCCACACCUACAGCCAACACAUCUCCCAGUUCUGCUCCCAGAGCCUAGCCAAGCUCUACCUCACGCAGGCUCUACAGAAUGCGAAGGACCCGGCCAAGCAGAAUUAUUGAUUUUGUGUGGGGGUUUGCGGAUAAGUGUAGUCUGAAGUUGGUUGCGAGAGAAUGGUGUGCUGUGAUUGGCUGUCAGUCACGUAGCCUCGUAGCUAGCUUCAGAUAGGUGCAGUUGUCUGACGCGGAAUCUACUUUUGGUAUUAUUAUUAACAUUUAUGUACCUACUGAAUAAAAUGUGAUGAAGUCGCA